AUGAACGACCUGAUUGGUGAGCUCAGCAGCAUGCAUGCGGGCUGUCACAUUGAUGGUGUGGCUGUAAAUAAUAUAAGUUAUGCCGAUGACAUGGUGCUGCUGAGCCCAUCAAUUGGGGCUCUCCGCAACCUAUUAAAAGUCUGUGAGCGGUAUGCCGAGUGUCAUGGCCUCAUGUACAAUGUGACCAAGAGUGAGUGUAUAUUUUUCGGCCUAGGUGAUAAAACCUUGCAUGAACCUCCACCUAUUUGUCUCAAUGGUUCUCCUCUUACUCGAGUGAACAAAUUUAAAUAUCUUGGGCAUAUUGUCACCGAUGACCUUAAGGACAAUGAAGAUAUCGAACGUGAGCGCAGGGCGCUGGCUGUCCGGGGGAACAUGUUGGCUCGCAGGUUUGCUCGUUGUACGGUGCAAGUCAAGUUAGCGCUAUUUAAAGCUUAUUGUCAAUCGUUUUACACCAGCAGCCUGUGGGUCAAUUAUACUCAAAGGGCAUACAGCGCUCUGCGCGUACAAUAUAAUAAUGUACUCAGGAUGUUGUUGAGAUUGCCGCGGUUCUGUAGUGCGUCCUCGAUGUUUGCCGAAGCACGCAUAGAUGAUUUCUAUGCAUUAAGACGCAAGCGUGUGGCAUCGAUGCUGGCCAGAGUGCGCGGUAGUAGCAACGACAUCUUGAAAAUAGUGGCAAGUAAAUAUCAGUGUCCGAUACACUCGCUCUGGGUGAAAAUAGUAGUUGGGACAGUAAAAUAA